GAAAGAGCAGAGAACAGGAGGACAGGACCGAGUUGAAGAAGAGAGAGGAAACGACAUAAACAAGAGUGAAGAAGUAGAGGAAGGAGACGUGAGGCAGUGCUUUUGGGACAAACAAACACAUCAACUGGACUUCUGUACAUCACAGUCCUGCGCAACCUGGACGGUGAGAAGUCAUUCCUAAAGACCAGGAGGGCACUUACCUACGCACACACACACACACACAGAGUCACACAUACACACCUCUUAAACACACAGAAAAACACAUACCUCGAGCAUUUGACCUUUUCACCCCAACAAAAACCCACAAGCACAUACACACACACACACACACACACACACACACACACACACACACACACACACACACACACACACACACACACACACACACACACACACACACAUAAACACUCCUAAACUUCAAUCACAUAGAGAAGGAACAAACACACGCAUCCCCCACAAACAUUUAAAUAUAUUUAAAAAAAUAUCGAACAGCUACACACGUAUACAACAGAUCACACACGCCACCAUGUUUGAGGAGCAGGUGACCAGGGUGAAGAUCACAUCCCUGCUGAUUCUGGUGGGCAUGGGGUCCAUGCUGGCGGCCGUAUCCACAGACCACUGGGCGGUGCUGAGCCCGCGGGUGGAGCAGCUCAACACCACCUGCCAGGCUGCCUACUUCGGCCUCUGGAGGCUCUGCAAAAAGACCAUCUUCAUGGUGGAGGAGGACCCUGAGUGGAAGGGCUGCGGCCCCAUCAGUCUACCCGGAGAGAAAAACUGUUCAUACUUCAAGCACUUCACGUCGGGGGAAGAGGCAGAACUAUUUGAAGUGAAGACCCAGAAAGAGUACAACAUCUCUGCGGCUGCCAUCGCUAUCUUCAGCCUGGUCUUCAUGACACUGGGCACCCUGUGUGUCAUCUUUUCCUUCGGCAAGGGCAGAGACUACCUGCUGAGACCUGCCGGAAUGUUCUUUGCAUUUGCAGGCCUCUGCAUCAUCAUCUCAGUGGAAGUGAUGCGGCAGUCUGUGAAGCGCAUGAUCGACAGCGACGAGACAAUCUGGUUCGAGUACUACUACUCCUGGUCAUUUGCCUGCGCCUGCGCCUCCUUCACCCUGCUCAUCCUCAGCGGCGUGGCGCUGCUCCUUAUCUCCAUGCCGCACAUGCCGCGUAACCCCUGGGAGACAUGCAUGGACGCAGAGCCGGACACUCUGGACUAGACAGCUAGGCUCUAGGCGGCUAGGACCCGCGGGGAAGAAAGCACUGGGACUGGAAAAGGAUCAAGACUAAUUGAAAUGAGUGGUUGAGUUUUGUCCCUUUAGGUGUAUUUGUAUAUCAACCUAAAUUAAAUCAUCUUCUUACCCAGUUUAAACAACGACAGUGUUUUAUAGAAUAACGUUGGAUCAAAACAAAUCUAAAAAGUGGUUGAACUUUGUUGCUUUAGGUGUGAGGUGGAGGGGUAUUAGACAGACAGGGCGUAACAACGAUUUUUGUGUUUUCAAUUUUGGGGGAUAAUCUGCAUAUCACAGGUUGCAGGCCAACCUAAUUCUAUCGAUCUGUAAACCCAGUUUAACCAAGUCAGAGUUGUACAGUACAGUUAGUCUAAACACCUAAAAAUAACUAAAUUCUAAUUAUAGCACAUUUUGAGUUCUGCAUGAUUCAGUCUAACGCAGUAUAUUAUAAAAGUAAAAAGCAUUAUUUUUUACUUGAAAAGUUUGAGCAAGCUUUCUUUUGAAAGAUAUCAGGUUGAGAAAGAAAAUUCUUGCCGUGUUUUUUUUAUUGUUACCUAUUAACAUACAUUUAUAUUAAUGUACAAUAUUCUAGACCAUAAUAAAAGUAUGUUAAAAUUAAAUCAAAUACCCUUAAGAAGCUAUUUUAUAUCAGUAGUAUGUAUAGAAUAGGUACAUAAUGACAAGAGCUUUAUAGUAUUUUGCAGGAUGCUAUAAAGGUUUGUAGUAAAAGUGUUACAGCUUUAUUCCAUCUUAUAAUUCUUUUUUAAGAUAACUAUUAAUUAUUUACACUAUUUAUAAGCUGUUUCAACUAUCAAUGGUGAUUUCGAGAUGACUCUUUUUAAGUGAAAUGAAUGUUGGAAAAUAGAACUUUGAGUUUUAGUGCAAAUUGCAUCAUCUUUCUAUAUAUAUGAUGCAAAAUAAAAAAAAUGUUAGGCACAUGUUCUUGAAUGCAUUAUUUCCCUUUCAGCAGCAACACAAUGGAGAGUGAUUGCCUUUCCCUCUGUUGAACAUUUAACAUAUGUUGAGCUCUUUCCCACAACCUCCUUCUUCCCACUGCCAUAGUUCCUGUAUAAGGUAUCUUACUGUAUAGGGGAGA